AUGAGUUAUAGAGUAUUAACUUUAGAUGAUGUACCAAAAGCAGCAGUUACUUUGGUUGAAGCAUUUACCGAAGAUGCUUUAGCUAAAUUGAUCACAUGUCAUAUCCAUGAUAAGAAAAAGAGAGUUUAUUGUGAAACUUUACUUUAUGAAGCAUACCUCAGACAACAUAUAUUAACCGGUUUAGUUAUUGGAUGUAAUGAAUUAUCUGAUAAAUUUGAAACUGUAGCUAUGUGGUCAUUACCAGAUUCCAUGGAAAAAGGUUUGGAAACUUUUUCCACUUUGAUGAAAUCUGGUUAUCAGAAAGUUUGGGAAGUCGUUGAAGAUGAGGGUAGAGAAAAAGUAUUUGAAGGUAUGUUACCUUUAUUACAUGAUACUUGUGAAAGGAUUAUGUCAACAGAUGUCCGUUUUAAGCACAAGAAUUUAUAUACAUUAGUUUAUUUAGGUUCAACCAGAGAAGCAAGAGGUAAAGGUAAUGUUCGUAGAAUGUUCGAUUACAUGUUUGACAAGUAUAUUGAUCAAGAUCCAAAUAGUUUAGCUUAUUUGGAAAGUAGUUCACCUUCAAACAUUCCUAUUUAUAACAAAUUUGGAUUCUUCUUCUAUGAGGAUAUCAUGUUAGGUGAAAAGGGUCCAGGAGCCAUCGAAGGUACUGAUUAUGCCAUUAUGAACGUAAUGAUCAGAAGUUAUAAAGGAUUAGAUUGGCAAAAAAUCGAUUCAGCUUCUGAACAACAAACUGUCUCUAAAUUAUAG